AUAUCGAGCUCCCAAGUCUCCACGUUCUCCGAUAAACACUUACAGCUGUUUAUUACUGUAACACGUCGGCGGCCGGCGGUAGCUUUUCUACAGCCCUGUGGACUGACAGUCGGCGUUAGGGCACGACGGCGUACUUACCAUUAAUUAUACUGUGAGGAACGGGCGACUUUUGAUACAGUGUAUUACCUUAAGAUGUUUGAGAUAAAGAGGAUCUGCUGCAUAGGCGCUGGAUAUGUUGGUGGGCCAACGUGCAGCGUGAUCGCUCAUAUGUGUCCGGAGAUCAGAGUCACUGUGGUGGACGUGAAUGAGUCCAGAAUCAAGGCAUGGAACUCGGACACGUUGCCCAUAUACGAGCCUGGUCUGAAGGAGGUUGUCGAGUCGUGCCGAGAGAGAAAUCUCUUCUUCUCUACGGAUAUCGACUCUGCAAUCAAAGAUGCAGACCUCGUCUUCAUUUCUGUGAACACCCCUACGAAGACGUAUGGCAUGGGGAAAGGGCGAGCGGCCGACCUGAAGUUCAUCGAGGCUUGCGCACGCCGGAUCGUGGAGGUGUCAGACGGCUAUAAGAUCGUGACCGAGAAGAGCACGGUUCCGGUCAGAGCCGCUGAGAGCAUCCGGAGGAUUUUUGAUGCCAACACCAAGCCGAGCCUUAACCUGCAGGUCCUAUCUAACCCAGAGUUCCUGGCCGAGGGUACGGCGGUGCGGGACCUGAAGGAACCGGACCGGGUUCUGAUUGGCGGGGACGAGACACCGGAGGGGCAGCGUGCCAUUCGGGCCUUGAGUGCGGUGUACGAGCGUUGGGUCCCCAAAUCUCGCAUCAUCACCACCAACACGUGGUCCUCGGAGCUGUCUAAACUGGCUGCGAAUGCCUUCCUGGCUCAGCGAAUCAGCAGCAUCAACUCCAUCAGCGCCCUGUGCGAGGCCACGGGUGCCGACGUGGAGGAGGUGGCACGUGCCAUCGGCAUGGAUCAGCGCAUCGGGAACAAGUUCCUCAAGGCCAGCGUGGGUUUUGGUGGCAGCUGUUUCCAGAAGGACGUUCUCAACCUGGUGUAUCUCUGUGAGGCGCUCAACCUUCCAGAGGUGGCUUCUUACUGGCAGCAGGUGAUCGAUAUGAACGAGUAUCAGAGACGCAGAUUCGCCUGUCGGAUCAUCGACUGCUUGUUCAACACCGUUACCGGGAAGAAGAUUGCCCUCCUAGGCUUCUCCUUCAAGAAGGACACAGGCGAUACGCGGGAGUCGUCGAGUAUCUACAUCUCCAAGUACCUGAUGGAUGAGGGAGCCAAGCUACACAUCUUUGACCCCAAGGUGCUUAAGGAGCAGAUCAUUCAGGACCUCUCCCACCCCAGCAUUUCAGAGGAUAACCCAGAACGAGUGUCUGACCUGGUGACAGUAACCAGCGGCCCUUAUGACGCAUGCAAAGGAGCCCACGCCCUGGUCAUCUGCACGGAAUGGGAUAUGUUCAAGGAACUGGACUAUGAGAAGAUCUAUGCCCAAAUGCUGAAGCCAGCCUUCAUAUUUGACGGUAGACGUGUUCUGGAUCAUCUCCACGCAAAACUGCAGAACAUAGGGUUCCAGAUCGAGACCAUUGGCAAGAAAGUAACUACAGCCCGCAUUCCUUUCACCCCCCCGGCUGGUAUUCCCAGAAUCCUCCUCAACGAGCCCCCAGCUAAGAAGGCCAAAAUCUGAUUGUCUUCCCCGUGGGCGGCUGCUGCCCUAAAGUGUCACGUCUCUCCCAUCAGCAUUAGCAAGAGCCUCGCCCUCCCUUACUCCUCCUCGGUCUCCCCGGCGCAGGAUGGGCCGGUCAGGGCCUGUUCUGCGAGUCUCCGGGCCCCCCCUUGCACAGCCUACCUCUCCCUCUUCACCAGCUCGUUCAGUCUGCCAGCGGGCUAAGGCGUGGACACUCAGCACAGUAUUCCUGUGGCUGUGCCGCAGCCGCGUCUGGGAAGCUCAUUCCUGUCCUUCUCUCCCCCAAACACACUCUCUGUGCACCAAGGACCAUGAACAAACAGUCACCCUGUGUGGUUUUGUUUAUGAAGCCAAAUGUUAUUCAAUUGUGAACAAACAGUCGCCCGGCUUGUUUUGUCCAAAACGAUUUGUACGCUUUUAAUUUUUUUUAAAAAUGAUUUUAGAGUAGUUUUUAAAAUGAUCCUACUCCUGUUGUGCAGGACAUGUCGAUUUUCAUACGAUGCCACUAAUCCUGUUUCUUGUGGAGUAAAUAAAAACAGGCCGAAGUACGAAGA